CAGACCAGAGCACUGAGCUGAGUUCAACCAGCUGGGAUCCCAGGGCUGUGCUGACUAUGCCAACCCCCUCUGCACGGUGCCUGGUUGGGGCUGGGGGCUGAGUGGGAAGCCCUGAGUCAGGUGCUCUUGUUUUGGGGGCUGGCUACUCCCUGGAGGACCCAGGACCUAGUUGCUGUCGCUGCAGCCUGGCCUGAAGGGAGGCCUGAGCUGGGUGCUGGCUUCUGCAAGGGAAGGGGCUCCCCGCUGGAGCCGCUCAUGGCUGGCAGGAACAGCCCCUGGCGCUGGCUCUGACCCCGCAGGCCCAGGAGAUGCAGGCUGCGGGGUUAGGGCUCUUCCUGCUGCUCCUGCCCAGAACGGGGCUCCAUGCCCUCCCGGACUCUGUCAGCUGCUCCCAGGGCCUGUCCUGCCGGCUGCUGGAGGACGAUGUGCUGUGCAGCCCUGGGGCUGUGGGGCUGGCCUCUGGUCCAGUCCUGGUGCCAACCCAAAUGACAAUGGAGUCUGUGCUGCACUGCGCAGCAGAGUCUGACUGCUCCCCCUGCGUGCAGGUCAAGCUGCAGCUAGCUGUGCUGGGGCCCCGGGAGGAAGUGGCAGGUGAGGGGACCCCAGAUGGACCUGGGAUGGAUGCCCUGCAGCAUCAGGACAGUGGGCCGCUGCGGAGCUGGGUGCUGCUCUCGGUGCGGACGUACCCCUCCUCCCGCUGUGUCGCCAUCGAGGUCCAGCUGCCCCGUGCUCUAGCACAGCCCAGCAACACCGUGGGCUCCAUGUGGUUUCACUGCUUUGAGGCAGCCCUGCGAGGGGAGCUGCACGUCACGUCCUACACGAGUCCCCGGUACCGGGAGGUGCUGAGCCAGACGCACCGUGUGCCCGACUGUUCCUGGCCUGCAGCACGGGCUGCCAUCCGGCUGUGCCAAGUGCCCAGGCUGCAGGUCUCCGUGGGGACAGAGCACGUGGUGGUGCAGUUGCAGGACGUGCCCGUGGAGCAGAACUUCAUUGUGUGGUUCUAUUGGAACCAGACACUUGAACUCAAAGGACUCAGGACAGAGAGGGGUACUCAGAACUUCAGCCUGCCCUCCGCCCAGCUGCUGCCCUGCCUCUGUCUGCAGGUCUGGCCAGAUAUCCCGGACCCCCCCAGGAUCAGCCGCUGCCCCUUCACUCAGGACCCUGCGGCGUGGACCCGGCUAUGGGCACAGGCCCAGCUGAAGCUGCAUCUCACUGGGGAGAGGCUAAGCUGCUCCGUGUCGGUGCCAUGCGUGGUGCCAGCGGAGCUUGUGCCCUGCUGGAGGCUGAAGAGGGCCGGGCCCUGCCAUGAGCUGCCCCACUUGCGCCAGGCCGUCACCGUGCCUAGUCUCCACGAGUUUGGGACGUUGCAGCCUCAUCCGAACCUGUGUGUCCAGGUGUGGAGUGUUGGGCAGGUCCAGCUCAUGCAGUGCCUGCAGGAAGGUGCUAUGCGGGGCCAGCCGGCCGACUUCUUGCUGAUGGAGACCAGGGACCCACAGGGGAACAUGUUGCUCUGUGCCGUGGAGCGAGGCACCUGCGUUCCACUAGCCAGCUCCACCUGUAUGGGAGUUGGGGUGGGGGCCCUGGAGCAGCAGCUGCGAUGGGAUGUGCAGUCGGGGCAGUGUCUGCAGGUCAGUGCCAUGGGGGGGUGGUAUUGUCACACCCCUGGGUGUAGAUGGGCCAGUAACGGGCAGCUGUCUCCACAGAUCUGGCGUGCUGAAGGCAGCCUGGUGGGCACUGGCUGGGCCUGCUCGCUGGAGAACUAUCUGCGGGCCCGCUGGGCGCUGGCUUGGAUGGGAGUUCUCCUCAGCACCUUCUGCAUCCUGCUUCUGCUCCUGCUCAAGAAGGAAAAUCUGAAAGGGUGGCUGAAGAUGCUGAAGGAGGAUUAUAGCUCUGGGGCAGGCCUGCUGCGGGGCCGGCGCACCCUGAUCCUCUACUCGCCCGACCACGCCGGCUUUGAGCAGCUGGUGAGCACCCUGGCCUGCGCCCUGACACGGCUGCAGCUGGUGGUGUCAGUGGAGCUGUGGAGCCGGGCUGAGCUCUGUGCCAUCGGCCCCAUGCAGUGGUUCCACGCCCAGCGGCUGCGGGUCCUACAGGAGGGUGGCACAGUGGUCCUGCUGUUCUCCAGGGGCGCCGUGGCCAAGUGCACGGAGUGGCUGCUCUGGAAGCCGGGGGAACUGCUGCCCCAGGAUGAUCCGUACAGUGCCUUCUCGGCCUCCCUCAACUGCAUCCUCCCGGAUUUCCUGGCUGGCAAGGCUGGGGGCCGGUACCUGGUAGCCUGCUUUGAGGAUCUCCUCCAGCCGGCUGACAUUCCGGAGCUCUUCCGCUCCGUGCCCAUCUUCACGCUGCCCUCCCAGCUGCCCACCUUCCUCCUGGCACUGGCUGGCACUGCUGUGGGCAGGGAGCAGAAAAGCAGGCUGAAGCAGCACUCCCUGUGGAUCAGCGACAGCCUGCAGCGCGCCAUCAAAGAGUGCCAAGUGCAGGAACCCGAUGGGCACUGCCCACUACAGGCGUCCGCCCUUCCUGGGAGCAGACAGGUACCGAUGGGUGCAAAGAGUGAGGCUGGGGAGCUCUCUCCACCCAUGGGCUCCACGUGACUGAGACUCUGGGCGCUGUCGGUAGACAGGAUACUGGGCUAGGUGGAUCUUUGGCCUGACAAAGUGGGGCUGUUCUGAUGUUCUCCUGUCAAGCCAGAGUGUGUCUGCCACUGUCUCUGCGCUAGCUGGCCUGGGCACAGAGGGAAAGACUCCACUGGCAGCUGGCUGGAGCAUAUGCUGGCAGGGCCUGGCCCCUGCCCUGCGGUGGGCUCUGCGGGUCACUGCCCCACACUCUCAAUAAAGGCUGGUUAUUUUUCUAA